UGUAGAUAGAUAUCUCAACCGAGUCACUAUGUUACGUUUUAUCACUUCCGUGUUAUCGGUUAUUGUUGUACUGUCGGGAUCCACUGUCGCAGCCAGUGAUAGCAGGAGUUAUACAGCACUUAAGUUUGCUUAUGAUACAAAUAGUUAUGUAUCAUAUAGCCCGGACAUGACCCGUUUGGCAGACAAAUUUUCUAUUUGUCUUUGGAUAAGGCAACCGCAGCCACGAAAUACUUCCCCAUUCGGCUAUAAUAGUAACGAGUUAUUCAUGACAGACGACGGCCGCUACAACAGACUGUUUGGUUCCUCCUCCCUGGAUGGUGAUCUGAUUAGCAAGUUUACCUCACCAGUAGGUACAUGGUUUAUGUACUGCUCCACGUGGAGCCUCGCUUCUAGAACCUUCAGAGUCUACGUUAAUGGUGAACUAGCAGGUACCCAGACCACAACCUCCGGUAGGAAGCUGAACACAGGUGGAGCAUUGGUAUUGGGCAAUAAGUAUGUAAAUUCAGGUCACAAAUUUGGCGGCGAAAUUUAUAACUUUAACAUAUACUCGAAGGAGCUGACAGCUACAGAAGUAGCUGCCAUGUCUUCAGCUGGUCUCUGUACAGAGAUACCUGAACAGUUGGAGGAGUAUAGAGUUAUAAAGUGGGAAGAUAUUGUGAAGCUGAGUAGGUCUGGUACUGUGCAGGACUUAGAAACAAGAUGUGAUCCUAACAUUUUAGUUGAACUGCAGAGAACGAGAGGAAAGCUGGAGUUAGCCGUUAGUGAAAAGAGUACUCUACAACUGUCCCUAAACACGACGCAGACAGAGCUACUGGAAGUUCAGGGGCUGUUCAACUCAACCCAGGAAGAACUAGUUGGGGUAAAGAGAGACCUAGAGGUGAUGGGAGGAGAGCUGAAUGAUACCCUAGUGGAACUUAAGGGAGUCAAGAGGGAGCUCGGAGGAGAGUUGAAUGAGACAAAAAGUCAGCUUGAGGACACAAAGUUGGAGUUGGAGGAUACCAAGUUGGAGUUAAAGAACGUUACUGAGUCUAAAUGUGCGCUUCAGAAAGGCAACCUGACGAAGUGGGACUUGUUUUAUUCGCCCGCUUAUUAUAAUAAAACAUUUACUCGCCGACUAUAUCAACAACUCACCACAACUUGGGACUCUAUUAGCAGCAGACUGGUUGGAAUGACGAUAACUGACAACUUUAUUGAACUGAUGAAAGAAAUGGAUGACGAUCAGAUCGAUCAUUGCGGGGACCUAUCAUAAAGCCUUUCUACAGAGAUGAUCUUACUAAGGUGCUACCGAAGAAGAGACUGCGAGCUAAACUUAUGGGAAUCACGGUGUUCUUCUACUACAAUAAUAGACAUUAUCAAUUAUUGUAAUCUUUAAUUAAGUUCCUGACUCGUAUUUUUGAAAACUAUAGUAUACUGAAAUUGUACCACACCUAGUUUACAUGUUACUACUAUUACUAGUAAGUUGACAAUAUUAUGAACUAAGUAU